AAUAGUAUCAAAAACCUUAUCUACAUAUUAAUCAAUUUCAAGCAAAAAGAACAAUAGGAAGAAUUUUUUUAUCAUCCUCCUUAAUGCAUGAAGCAAGACCUCAUUUGGUAUGAAGCAUAAUAACCAUGUCUUCAACUUCAUCUUUUUGCUCCAAUUUCUUCAUUCCAACAACUUUUACUAGAAACACACCACCUUCACAAAUUUUUCUACCUUUUUCAAGCUAUAUUAUUCAACACAACACAUAUAAGAGAGAUUUUCCACUCCCAAAAGUGGCUUCAGUCCCUUACCAACCAAUAAACUUUGACUACCUAGAACAAGAAUUCAAUGGACAUGGAGUCACUUUUGAGGAAGUUGGUGGAAGCUGUGUGGCUAAGAUGGAAUUGAAAAAUGGAAGCAUUGCUACCAUGUUGCUACCAAGUGGAUUGAUUACUUCCUAUAAGGCUCCUAUGUGGCAUGGAGGAAAAGUGGAGUUGCUUCAUACUGCAGUCUCUGAGGGAGAAUUUGGUGACGCCAUUAUUCAAGGAGGAGUGUCUUUAAACUUCAAUUUUCAUACUGAUGACAAUGAUGAUGUUUCAUGGUCUCCAACUAAUUGGGUUUUGCACAACAUUAAUGGCAAUGCUGAGGAAUCUAUUCAGGUAGAAUUAAUAAACAAAGGACAAGAUGGAAAGAUUGGAUUAAAAUACAUUGUGACUUUGGAAAAAGAUUGUUUAGGCUCAGAACUUGAAAUCUCAAACGCAAACUCUUUACCUCUUCAAAUGAAAGGAUCCAUUCUAAGUCAUCUUACAGUAAGCACACCAGAAGCUACUUAUGCAAUAGGAUUAGAGAGAUCAAAUUACUAUAGCCGGCCCCCUUUUGAAUCAGAAUUUAUUUUGAGUCCUCCAGAUUCGAGCGAAGAUGAAGGAUUCGGAAAAAUAUGGAAAUCAUCUGUGAAACAACUUAUUCCUAGUUGGGGAACAAAUAAUCAGAACAAUGAAGCAGAAGGAAGCCAAAGAGAUAGUGAAGAUGUGAAUGGUGAAGAAAUGGAAAACUACAAGCAGCUAAAAGAUAGAAUAAGUCUUGUAUACACGGAUGCGCCUCGGAGUUUUACACUCAUAGACAGGGGUAGAAGAAACUCAGUAUUAGUUGGAAGGAAUGGAUUUGAUGAAACCUACCUCUUCAGUCCUGGUUCAGGCAUUGAAAGUUACAGCAAGUAUGCUUACAUAUGUGUUGGUCAAGCUGCUGUUCUUCAACCAAUAAUACUAAGUCCAGAAGAUGUAUGGAAAGGAGGGCAGUACCUACACAAUCCAAAUCUAUAAUAUUAUGCUUAAGCCUUUGUUGUGUCUUGAGCAAAUUAUUUGAACAGAAUGUUCAAAAAUAUAAUUUUUUCUAUUUUUAAAUAAAUGUUAAUUUGUUAGUGGGAGAGCUUAAUACCGUUUAUGUGCAAAGUUUAACUUGCCCUCAUGGUCACAUUAACUUUUUUUUUCCUAAUAUGAAUUCAUAAAGUUUAGUAAA